AUGCAAACCUCAUCUAACACAACCUCGACCACCUCUACACCAACGCCUAGAGAACUUAUCGAAUCAGGAGGAUCCGAAGAGCGACUAUUCGACAGUACGCAUAGCCUGCCCCUGUCUCCGCAUAUUACGAUCCAGCAAGAUGCGGAUGCGUUCAAUCGACCGUCCUUUGCCCCUCACUUGUCUGCACCGCCCGACCUAUCUCAUUUUAAAAGUCCUAUGAGGCAUCACAGGAGGACGCCAUCUCAACAUCGCGAAGUGAAGGAAACCCUCAAUGCCAAGACCGAGUAUACGAACGAUGAGACAGAUGGCAGGUCGCAACAGACCAUCAACCAAUACACUAUUCGAGAGGAGAUUGGAAGAGGUUCCUACGGUGCUGUACAUCUUGCUACCGAUCAAUUCGGAACCGAAUAUGCCCUUAAAGAAUUCUCAAAAUUGCGCCUCCGAAAACGAGCCCAGUCGAAUAUCUUGAGAAGACCCGGAGGUGGGAGGCCGCGAUCGCUUGGUCCGGGACAGGGUCUUUACAGCGCCCACAGAAAACAACUCAGCCACCAUGAAAUUGCCGAAGCAAAGGAUGCCCUCUUUCUAAUACGAGAGGAGGUUGCUAUCAUGAAAAAGCUCAACCAUCCUAACUUGGUACAGUUAUUCGAAGUAUUGGACGACCCUGAAAAUGACUCCUUAUACAUGGUCUUGGAAAUGUGUAAGAAGGGCGUUGUUAUGAAAGUCGGUUUGGACGAGCAAGCAACUCCCUACGAUGACGAACAAUGUCGUUUAUGGUUUCGCGAUCUCAUCUUGGGCAUAGAAUACCUACACGCUCAAGGUAUCAUACAUCGUGAUAUCAAGCCCGACAACCUCCUACUAACAGAGGACGAUGUACUCAAGAUCGUCGACUUUGGAGUGUCCGAGAUGUUCGAGAAACCGGAUCACAUGAUGACCAGCAAAUCUGCAGGCUCUCCUGCUUUCUUACCGCCCGAGCUUUGCCAAGCCAGGCAUGGUGAUGUACCGGGCAAACCAGCUGAUAUAUGGUCUAUGGGGGUUACUUUGUACUGUCUCAAAUAUGGUGGACUACCUUUUAAGCGGGACAAUGUGCUGGACAUGUAUGAUGCGAUCCGUACCGAAGAAAUUCGAAUACCUUCCGACAACGAAGAUCCAAAUUUUGUAGAUCUCAUCACCAGGAUUCUAGAUAAGAACAACGAGACAAGACUGACUUUGCGAGAAAUAAGAAAUCAUUCUUGGGUCACAAAAGAAGGCACUGAUCCUUUGCUCUCCGAAGAAGAAAACUGUUCAGAUGUGGUAGAGCCGCCGAAUGCCCUGGAAGUUAACCACGCAUUCACGCGAAAGAUGGACCAUCUGAUGUGUGUGUUGAAAGCAAUUCGCCGGUUUAAGGGUCUCGUUUCUAAAAGUCGAGUUGCGACGCCCGAGAUUAAAGUACUUCAACUAUCUCACGCACCAGAAAACAUACAAGAGCCCAUUCCGGAAGAUACAAAAACAAUCAUACCCUCAAUUGCAGAAACCUCGACCAUCGCGCAAUCAGCACGUCAAAGAUCGAUCGCGGAGGAGGCUGCGGAGCUUGUCAAACAGCGCAGAGCUUUCCUUGCAGCUCAGAAGCACGCAUUGACUCACCCACUGGCAUCGCCUGGGGCAGAAGAGAAGGGCCAUGCUCACGACGUAACGGAUAGGGCACCGCUUUUCUUAGGUAUCGGCACGGGAGGACACGACGGAUUUACUGCCUCUGAUACUGCGGCUGAUAUCGUGUCCGACUCGCCUACCGGUAUCGAUUUUGAUAUCUAUGAUCGUGCUUUCGAGACGGAAAUCAAACGUAUCCGUUCCGAUAAGAAGAAAGGCCGGGCUAGGACCUAUCUCACGAAACUUGUAGGACCUCAAGAGAGGGGCAAGUAUACCAGCGACGAUUAUAUGGUAUUGGAGGCUGCGAAAUCACCAACCUCCAGUUCGCCAGCUCUAGGAGGAGUGUCAAAUUUAAUAGAUAGAACGAUGGACCGUGUGGACCGAGAGGGCCAUGAAGUUCAGGACGGUGCCAAGAAGGCAUUCGACGCCGCUAAAGAGACAGGGCAUAGGUUCGCAAACCUAGUCAUGGCCGCGACUAAGGACCUAAAGGAAAAGAAUACGAACUAG